AUGUGCGACUGCUUCCACGCCGUGCUGCCCUGGCCCGGCGCCUCCGGCGGCGUGUCUGGUGGACAGCUAGAGCCCCAGGAGCCCGGUGUGGAAACGGAAGAGGACCACUUGGUGAGCGAGGUGCCUGUGGACAAGCUGCUCCAGCCCCGGCCCCAGGGGUCCUCACCUGUGUACGAAUGCAAAACUGAGGGCUCCAGCUUUGGCCUCCAGUAAGCCACCCUGGGCAGGCAAGGCUCCUCAGAAAGACGGAGGUCCUUGAAGUGGGAUUCCAGGCACUCACAGACACCCUCCAAGAUGAGCCAGCCUCAGUCCAAGCAGGAGGCCGCCGAGGUGGCCCUGGAGACGCAGGUGAAGGCAGGGGCCAGUGGCUACAGUAUCACCGGCGGUGGGGACCAGGGCAUCUUCAUCAAGCAAGUGCUGAAGGAGUCCCCAGCUGCCAGGCUCUUCAGCUUACAAACAGGGGACCAGCUGCUUAGCACAACCGUGUUCUUCGACGAAAUUAAAUAUGAAGAUGCUCUCAAGAUUCUGCAGUACUCAGAGCCAUACCGGGUCCAGUUCAAGGUCAGACGGAGGGUCCCUGCUCGAGAGGCUGAGGGGUGCGACUCCAGCAGCGGCCGUGGGGCCCUGGGAGAGGGGGAGCAGGACAAAGAUGUCAUCUGUGAGUGGACAAAAGCCCAAACAAAGAUGCUGCAGGGAGACACAGACCAAGAGUGGCUCAUCUCUCAGCCCCGAGAGGGUAGGGGCAGGCAGCCCCGGAAGGACAGGCGAUCUUGGCCUAAGUUUCAGGCACUCGCAAGCAAGCAGGGACCCAGGCCCCGGCGGUCUCACAGCACCUUGGAGGCCUACAAGCGCAGGGAUGCCUCAGACAUGUGCCCAGACAGCGUGGAAACAGAGGCCCAAACCCCAGCUCCGGGUGGCCAGAGGACCAGGAGGUUCCUGAACCUGAGGCUCAAGAUGGGCUUGGGGCAGGGCCUGUCUAUGGGGGAGUCAGGGUCAGAGGCCACGAAGGAUGUUGCAGACCGUCGGAGAGAGAAAAUGCCAGCAGUGCCAGGUGCCAGGCCACACCUGAACAUGCGCGGACUCCCUGAACCCGUGGAGGGGGCUGUGAGCAUGGCAGUGGGAGCCAAGCCACAGAGCAGAACAAAGGACAGGACAAAUCAGUGGGGGGUUGGGGCACAGGGAGAGGGGGACAGGAAAGCAGUGCAGAGCCAGGACGCUGGGAUGUCCAGGAGGGCCCUGGAGGACGCAGCACAGCGAGGGGACGCCCGGAGCCACCCUCCAGAAAUCCACAUACGGAUGCACAAUUUGAAGAUCCCCAGAUUUGGAUUCUGCCAAGAAAAGGAGCUUCAGACAGAAAGACAAGUUCCUGUCCCACAGGCAGAGGAAGGACGGGGCCCUGGGCGGCAGGAGCUCGAGGCCAGGGAGGCCAAGGUCAAGGCCAAGCUUCCUGGAUGGCAGGAGGGAAGCCCAGACCCAGCGGGAACAGAGCCAGGCACAGAGGAAGGAGGAAGGAGCAAACAAACCGCAGAGAGGGUGAAUGGGGUGCUGGAACACCCAGGGACCCCACCCACAGAGCCAGCAGGGCCUGAGGAGGACACCCCUCAGGGAGGAGGGCAAGGAGACACAGGCAUAAAGGACAGGGCCAGACCCACCACAGAGAGCAAAGGAAAACGUGACACAGAAUACAAGAAACUGACACCUUCAGAGAACGAAGGACCACACAACAAAGUGGGGCAGGAACACAGCCUGGAGGACAGAGAGGGAACUGCACAGGACAGCACGUUGAGGAAUCAGGUCUACAAGACGCAGUCCUGGAGAAGCACAACCACAAAGAAGGGGACCAAAAUCUCACUGAAUAUGCCAAUGAACAGGGCUGGCAUGACACGGAAAUUAAUUAAACAUGACAAAGACGACACAGAACACAGCGUCCAGCGCCCUUCCUCUGACCUGCAAGUCCAACCCGGCCAUGUGGACGUCAAUGUCCCCGAGGCAGGGCAAGUCCCCGAGGCAGAGCUGGCGGCACCACAGGCCUCUGCAGCUGGCCUGAAGGUGCACCUGCCCACGGUGCAGGUGCCCGGCAUCAGGCUGCCCACGGUGGAGCUUGAGGGUCCCAAGGUGGACGUGAAAGGUGCCAAGGGUAAGAUGAGCAUGCCCAGUGAGCUAGACAUGCCACUGCCCAGUGUGGAUGUGGACUUCCAGGCUCCAAGUGGGAAACCUGAGAUGGACACAGAGCUGGGAAACAGGGACAUGAGCACCAAGGACGGCAAGUUCAAGAUGCCCAAGUUCAAGAUGCCCUCUUUUGGGGCUUCCGCAGCCUGCAAGGCCACAGAGGCCUCGGUGGACGUGAUCACACCAAAAGUGGAAGCACACCUGGGCCUCAGUACCGUGCAGGGGGACCUCAAGGGCCCCGACCUCAGCGUCCAGCGCCCUUCCUCUGACCUGCAAGUCCAACCCAGCCAUGUGGACGUCAAUGUCCCCGAGGCAGGGCAAGUCCCCGAGGCAGAGCUGGCGGCACCACAGGCCUCUGCAGCUGGCCUGAAGGUGCACCUGCCCACGGUGCAGGUGCCCGGCAUCAGGCUGCCCACGGUGGAGCUCGAGGGGCCCCAGGUGGAGCUCAAGGGUCCCAAGGUGGACGUGAAAGGUGCCAAGGGUAAGGUGACUGCCCCCGACCUCGAGGUGUCACUGCCCAGUAUUGAUGGGGAUAUGCAGGCCCCUGGUCCCAAGGUGGAGCCCGACCUGGCCCUGGGAGACAAAGACGUGGCGACCAAAGACAAGAAAUUCAAAAUGCCCAAGUUCAAGAUGCCUUCCUUCGGGGCGUCCACACCGAAGAAAUCUCUGGAGGCCUCGGUGGGUGUGGAGACUCCAAAGUUGGGGGCUGAUGCGAGCCUCCCCACUUUGCAGGGGGACCUCAAGGGCCCCGACCUCAGCGUCCAGCGCCCUUCCUCUGACCUGCAAGUCCAACCCGGCCAUGUGGACGUCAAUGUCCCCGAGGCAGGGCAAGUCCCCGAGGCAGAGCUGACGGCACCACAGGCCUCUGCAGCUGGCCUGAAGGUGCACCUGCCCACGGUGCAGGUGCCCGGCAUCAGGCUGCCCACGGUGGAGCUCGAGGGGCCCCAGGUGGAGCUCAAGGGUCCCAAGGUGGACGUGAAAGGUGCCAAGGGUAAGGUGACUGCCCCCGACCUCGAGGUGUCACUGCCCAGUAUUGAUGGGGAUAUGCAGGCCCCUGGUCCCAAGGUGGAGCCCGACCUGGCCCUGGGAGACAAAGACGUGGCGACCAAAGACAAGAAAUUCAAAAUGCCCAAGUUCAAGAUGCCUUCCUUCGGGGCGUCCACACCGAAGAAAUCUCUGGAGGCCUCGGUGGGUGUGGAGACUCCAAAGUUGGGGGCUGAUGCGAGCCUCCCCACUUUGCAGGGGGACCUCAAGGGCCCCGACCUCAGCGUCCAGCGCCCUUCCUCUGACCUGCAAGUCCAACCCGGCCAUGUGGACGUCAAUGUCCCCGAGGCAGGGCAAGUCCCCGAGGCAGAGCUGACGGCACCACAGGCCUCUGCAGCUGGCCUGAAGGUGCACCUGCCCACGGUGCAGGUGCCCGGCAUCAGGCUGCCCACGGUGGAGCUUGAGGGUCCCAAGGUGGACGUGAAAGGUGCCAAGGGUAAGAUGAGCAUGCCCAGUGAGCUAGACAUGCCACUGCCCAGUGUGGAUGUGGACUUCCAGGCUCCAAGUGGGAAACCUGAGAUGGACACAGAGCUGGGAAACAGGGACAUGAGCACCAAGGACGGCAAGUUCAAGAUGCCCAAGUUCAAGAUGCCCUCUUUUGGGGCUUCUGCAGCCUGCAAGGCCACAGAGGCCUCGGUGGACGUGAUCACACCCAAAGUCGAAGCAGACCUGGGCCUCAGUACCGUGCAGGGGGACCUCAAGGCCCCCGACCUCAGCGUCCAGCGCCCUUCCUCUGACCUGCAAGUCCAACCCAGCCAUGUGGACGUCAAUGUCCCCGAGGCAGGGCAAGUCCCCGAGGCAGAGCUGGAGGCACCACAGGCCUCUGCAGCUGGCCUGAAGGUGCACCUGCCCACGGUGCAGGUGCCCGGCAUCAGGCUGCCCACGAUGGAGCUCGAGGGGCCCCAGGUGGAGCUCAAGGGUCCCAAGGUGGACGUGAAAGGUGCCAAGGGUAAGGUGACUGCCCCCGACCUCGAGGUGUCACUGCCCAGUGUGCACCUGCACAUUCGAGCUCCAGACGCCGAGCCCGAUGUGGACACGGUCCUGGGAGACAAGGACGCGUCUACCAAAGACAGCAAGUUCAAGAUGAUCAAGUUCAAGAUGCCCUCUUUUGGGGCUUCUGCAGCCUGCAAGGCCACAGAAGCCUCGGUGGACGUGAUCACACCCAAAGUGGAAGCACACCUGGGCCUCAGUACCGUGCAGGGGGACCUCAAGGCCCCCCACCUCAGCGUCCAGCGCCCUUCCUCUGACCUGCAAGUCCAACCCGGCCAUGUGGACGUCAAUGUCCCCGAGGCAGGGCAAGUCCCCGAGGCAGAGCUGGCGGCACCACAGGCCUCUGCAGCUGGCCUGAAGGUGCACCUGCCCACGGUGCAGGUGCCCGGCAUCAGGCUGCCCAUGGUGGAGCUCGAGGGGCCCCAGGUGGAGCUCAAGGGUCCCAAGGUGGACGUGAAAGGUGCCAAGGGUAAGGUGACUGCCCCCGACCUCGAGGUGUCACUGCCCAGUAUUGAUGGGGAUAUGCAGGCCCCUGGUCCCAAGGUGGAGCCCGACCUGGCCCUGGGAGACAAAGACGUGGCGACCAAAGACAAGAAAUUCAAAAUGCCCAAGUUCAAGAUGCCUUCCUUCGGGGCGUCCACACCGAAGAAAUCUCUGGAGGCCUCGGUGGGUGUGGAGACUCCAAAGUUGGGGGCUGAUGCGAGCCUCCCCACUUUGCAGGGGGACCUCAAGGGCCCCGACCUCAGCGUCCAGCGCCCUUCCUCUGACCUGCAAGUCCAACCCAGCCAUGUGGACGUCAAUGUCCCUGAGGCAGGGCAAGUCCCCGAGGCAGAGCUGACGGCACCACAGGCCUCUGCAGCUGGCCUGAAGGUGCACCUGCCCACGGUGCAGGUGCCCGGCAUCAGGCUGCCCACGGUGGAGCUUGAGGGUCCCAAGGUGGACGUGAAAGGUGCCAAGGGUAAGAUGAGCAUGCCCAGUGAGCUAGACAUGCCACUGCCCAGUGUGGAUGUGGACUUCCAGGCUCCAAGUGGGAAACCUGAGAUGGACACAGAGCUGGGAAACAGGGACAUGAGCUCCAAGGACGGCAAGUUCAAGAUGCCCAAGUUCAAGAUGCCCUCUUUUGGGGCUUCCGCAGCCUGCAAGGCCACAGAGGCCUCGGUGGACGUGAUCACACCCAAAGUGGAAGCAGACCUGGGCCUCAGUACCGUGCAGGGGGACCUCAAGGCCCCCCACCUCAGCGUCCAGCGCCCUUCCUCUGACCUGCAAGUCCAACCCGGCCAUGUGGACGUCAAUGUCCCCGAGGCAGGGCAAGUCCCCGAGGCAGAGCUGGCGGCACCACAGGCCUCUGCAGCUGGCCUGAAGGUGCACCUGCCCAUGGUACAGGUGCCCGGCAUCAGGCUGCCCAUGGUGGAGCUCGAGGGGCCCCAGGUGGAGCUCAAGGGUCCCAAGGUGGACGUGAAAGGUGCCAAGGGUAAGGUGACUGCCCCCGACCUCGAGGUGUCACUGCCCAGUAUUGAUGGGGAUAUGCAGGCCCCUGGUCCCAAGGUGGAGCCCGACCUGGCCCUGGGAGACAAAGACGUGGCGACCAAAGACAAGAAAUUCAAAAUGCCCAAGUUCAAGAUGCCUUCCUUCGGGGCGUCCACACCGAAGAAAUCUCUGGAGGCCUCGGUGGGUGUGGAGACUCCAAAGUUGGGGGCUGAUGCGAGCCUCCCCACUUUGCAGGGGGACCUCAAGGGCCCCGACCUCAGCGUCCAGCGCCCUUCCUCUGACCUGCAAGUCCAACCCAGCCAUGUGGACGUCAAUGUCCCCGAGGCAGGGCAAGUCCCCGAGGCAGAGCUGACGGCACCACAGGCCUCUGCAGCUGGCCUGAAGGUGCACCUGCCCACGGUGCAGGUGCCCGGCAUCAGGCUGCCCACGGUGGAGCUUGAGGGUCCCAAGGUGGACGUGAAAGGUGCCAAGGGUAAGAUGAGCAUGCCCAGUGAGCUAGACAUGCCACUGCCCAGUGUGGAUGUGGACUUCCAGGCUCCAAGUGGGAAACCUGAGAUGGACACAGAGCUGGGAAACAGGGACAUGAGCACCAAGGACGGCAAGUUCAAGAUGCCCAAGUUCAAGAUGCCCUCUUUUGGGGCUUCCGCAGCCUGCAAGGCCACAGAGGCCUCGGUGGACGUGAUCACACCCAAAGUGGAAGCAGACCUGGGCCUCAGUACCGUGCAGGGGGACCUCAAGGGCCCCGACCUCAGCGUCCAGCGCCCUUCCUCUGACCUGCAAGUCCAACCCGGCCAUGUGGACGUCAAUGCCUCUGCAGCUGGCCUGAAGGUGCACCUGCCCACGGUGCAGGUGCCCGGCAUCAGGCUGCCCACGGUGGAGCUUGAGGGUCCCAAGGUGGACGUGAAAGGUGCCAAGGGUAAGAUGAGCAUGCCCAGUGAGCUAGACAUGCCACUGCCCAGUGUGGAUGUGGACUUCCAGGCUCCAAGUGGGAAACCUGAGAUGGACACAGAGCUGGGAAACAGGGACAUGAGCACCAAGGACGGCAAGUUCAAGAUGCCCAAGUUCAAGAUGCCCUCUUUUGGGGCUUCUGCAGCCUGCAAGGCCACAGAGGCCUCGGUGGACGUGAUCACACCCAAAGUGGAAGCAGACCUGGGCCUCAGUACCGUGCAGGGGGACCUCAAGGCCCCCGACCUCAGCGUCCAGCGCCCUUCCUCUGACCUGCAAGUCCAACCCAGCCAUGUGGACGUCAAUGUCCCCGAGGCAGGGCAAGUCCCCGAGGCAGAGCUGGCGGCACCACAGGCCUCUGCAGCUGGCCUGAAGGUGCACCUGCCCACGGUGCAGGUGCCCGGCAUCAGGCUGCCCACGAUGGAGCUCGAGGGGCCCCAGGUGGAGCUCAAGGGUCCCAAGGUGGACGUGAAAGGUGCCAAGGGUAAGGUGACUGCCCCCGACCUCGAGGUGUCACUGCCCAGUGUGCACCUGCACAUUCGAGCUCCAGACGCCGAGCCCGAUGUGGACACGGUCCUGGGAGACAAGGACGCGUCUACCAAAGACAGCAAGUUCAAGAUGAUCAAGUUCAAGAUGCCCUCUUUUGGGGCUUCUGCAGCCUGCAAGGCCACAGAAGCCUCGGUGGACGUGAUCACACCCAAAGUGGAAGCAGACCUGGGCCUCAGUACCGUGCAGGGGGACCUCAAGGCCCCCCACCUCAGCGUCCAGCGCCCUUCCUCUGACCUGCAAGUCCAACCCGGCCAUGUGGACGUCAAUGUCCCCGAGGCAGGGCAAGUCCCCGAGGCAGAGCUGGCGGCACCACAGGCCUCUGCAGCUGGCCUGAAGGUGCACCUGCCCACGGUGCAGGUGCCCGGCAUCAGGCUGCCCAUGGUGGAGCUCGAGGGGCCCCAGGUGGAGCUCAAGGGUCCCAAGGUGGACGUGAAAGGUGCCAAGGGUAAGGUGACUGCCCCCGACCUCGAGGUGUCACUGCCCAGUAUUGAUGGAGAUAUGCAGGCCCCUGGUCCCAAGGUGGAGCCCGACCUGGCCCUGGGAGACAAAGACGUGGCGACCAAAGACAAGAAAUUCAAAAUGCCCAAGUUCAAGAUGCCUUCCUUCGGGGCGUCCACACCGAAGAAAUCUCUGGAGGCCUCGGUGGGUGUGGAGACUCCAAAGUUGGGGGCUGAUGCGAGCCUCCCCACUUUGCAGGGGGACCUCAAGGGCCCCGACCUCAGCGUCCAGCGCCCUUCCUCUGACCUGCAAGUCCAACCCAGCCAUGUGGACGUCAAUGUCCCUGAGGCAGGGCAAGUCCCCGAGGCAGAGCUGACGGCACCACAGGCCUCUGCAGCUGGCCUGAAGGUGCACCUGCCCACGGUGCAGGUGCCCGGCAUCAGGCUGCCCAUGGUGGAGCUUGAGGGUCCCAAGGUGGACGUGAAAGGUGCCAAGGGUAAGAUGAGCAUGCCCAGUGAGCUAGACAUGCCACUGCCCAGUGUGGAUGUGGACUUCCAGGCUCCAAGUGGGAAACCUGAGAUGGACACAGAGCUGGGAAACAGGGACAUGAGCACCAAGGACGGCAAGUUCAAGAUGCCCAAGUUCAAGAUGCCCUCUUUUGGGGCUUCCGCAGCCUGCAAGGCCACAGAGGCCUCGGUGGACGUGAUCACACCCAAAGUGGAAGCACACCUGGGCCUCAGUACCGUGCAGGGGGACCUCAAGGCCCCCCACCUCAGCGUCCAGCGCCCUUCCUCUGACCUGCAAGUCCAACCCGGCCAUGUGGACGUCAAUGUCCCCGAGGCAGGGCAAGUCCCCGAGGCAGAGCUGGCGGCACCACAGGCCUCUGCAGCUGGCCUGAAGGUGCACCUGCCCAUGGUACAGGUGCCCGGCAUCAGGCUGCCCAUGGUGGAGCUCGAGGGGCCCCAGGUGGAGCUCAAGGGUCCCAAGGUGGACGUGAAAGGUGCCAAGGGUAAGGUGACUGCCCCCGACCUCGAGGUGUCACUGCCCAGUAUUGAUGGGGAUAUGCAGGCCCCUGGUCCCAAGGUGGAGCCCGACCUGGCCCUGGGAGACAAAGACGUGGCGACCAAAGACAAGAAAUUCAAAAUGCCCAAGUUCAAGAUGCCUUCCUUCGGGGCGUCCACACCGAAGAAAUCUCUGGAGGCCUCGGUGGGUGUGGAGACUCCAAAGUUGGGGGCUGAUGCGAGCCUCCCCACUUUGCAGGGGGACCUCAAGGGCCCCGACCUCAGCGUCCAGCGCCCUUCCUCUGACCUGCAAGUCCAACCCAGCCAUGUGGACGUCAAUGUCCCCGAGGCAGGGCAAGUCCCCGCGGCAGAGCUGACGGCACCACAGGCCUCUGCAGCUGGCCUGAAGGUGCACCUGCCCACGGUGCAGGUGCCCGGCAUCAGGCUGCCCACGGUGGAGCUUGAGGGUCCCAAGGUGGACGUGAAAGGUGCCAAGGGUAAGAUGAGCAUGCCCAGUGAGCUAGACAUGCCACUGCCCAGUGUGGAUGUGGACUUCCAGGCUCCAAGUGGGAAACCUGAGAUGGACACAGAGCUGGGAAACAGGGACAUGAGCACCAAGGACGGCAAGUUCAAGAUGCCCAAGUUCAAGAUGCCCUCUUUUGGGGCUUCCGCAGCCUGCAAGGCCACAGAGGCCUCGGUGGACGUGAUCACACCCAAAGUGGAAGCAGACCUGGGCCUCAGUACCGUGCAGGGGGACCUCAAGGGCCCCGACCUCAGCGUCCAGCGCCCUUCCUCUGACCUGCAAGUCCAACCCGGCCAUGUGGACGUCAAUGUCCCCGAGGCAGGGCAAGUCCCCGAGGCAGAGCUGGCGGCACCACAGGCCUCUGCAGCUGGCCUGAAGGUGCACCUGCCCACGGUGCAGGUGCCCGGCAUCAGGCUGCCCAUGGUGGAGCUCGAGGGGCCCCAGGUGGAGCUCAAGGGUCCCAAGGUGGACAUGAAAGGUGCCAAGGGUAAGGUGACUGCCCCCGACCUCGAGGUGUCACUGCCCAGUGUGCACCUGGACAUUCGAGCUCCUGACGCCGAGGCCGAUAUGGACACGGUCUUGGGAGACAAGGACGCGUCUACCAAAGACAGCAAGUUCAAGAUGAUCAAGUUCAAGAUGCCCUCUUUUGGGGCUUCCGCAGCCUGCAAGGCCACAGAGGCCUCGGUGGACGUGAUCACACCCAAAGUGGAAGCACACCUGGGCCUCAGUACCGUGCAGGGGGACCUCAAGGGCCCCGACCUCAGCGUCCAGCGCCCUUCCUCUGACCUGCAAGUCCAACCCAGCCAUGUGGACGUCAGUGUCCCCGAGGCAGGGCAAGUCCCCGAGGCAGAGCUGACGGCACCACAGGCCUCUGCAGCUGGCCUGAAGGUGCACCUGCCCACGGUGCAGGUGCCCGGCAUCAGGCUGCCCAUGGUGGAGCUCAAGGGUCCCAAGGUGGACGUGAAAGGUGCCAAGGGUAAGAUGAGCAUGCCCAGUGAGCUAGACAUGCCACUGCCCAGUGUGGAUGUGGACUUCCAGGCUCCAAGUGGGAAACUUGAGAUGGACACAGAGCUGGGAAACAGGGACAUGAGCACCAAGGACGGCAAGUUCAAAAUUGCCAAGUUCAAGAUGCCCUCUUUUGGGGCUUCCGCAGCCUGCAAGGCCACAGAGGCCUCGGUGGACGUGAUCACACCCAAAGUGGAAGCACACCUGGGCCUCAGUACCGUGCAGGGGGACCUCAAGGCCCCCCACCUCAGCGUCCAGCACCCUUCCUCUGACCUGCAAGUCCAACCCGGCCAUGUGGACGUCAAUGUCCCCGAGGCAGGGCAAGUCCCCGAGGCAGAGCUGGCGGCACCACAGGCCUCUGCAGCUGGCCUGAAGGUGCACCUGCCCACGGUGCAGGUGCCCGGCAUCAGGCUGCCCAUGGUGGAGCUCAAGGGUCCCAAGGUGGACGUGAAAGGUGCCAAGGGUAAGAUGAGCAUGCCCAGUUUGCUAGACAUGCCACUGCCCAGUGUGGAUGUGGACUUCCAGGCUCCAAGUGGGAAACUUGAGAUGGACACAGAGCUGGGAAACAGGGACAUGAGCUCCAAGGACGGCAAGUUCAAAAUUGCCAAGUUCAAGAUGCCCUCUUUUGGGGCUUCCGCAGCCUGCAAGGCCACAGAGGCCUCGGUGGACGUGAUCACACCCAAAGUGGAAGCAGACCUGGGCCUCAGUACCGUGCAGGGGGACCUCAAGGCCCCCGACCUCAGCGUCCAGCGCCCUUCCUCUGACCUGCAAGUCCAACCCGGCCAUGUGGACGUCAAUGUCCCCGAGGCAGGGCAAGUCCCCGAGGCAGAGCUGGCGGCACCACAGGCCUCUGCAGCUGGCCUGAAGGUGCACCUGCCCACGGUGCAGGUGCCCGGCAUCAGGCUGCCCACGGUGGAGCUCGGGGGGCCUCAGGUUCAUAUCCCAUGUUCCCAGGUGCACGUGUCAUAUACCAACGUGCAGGGCAAUGCUCCCGACUUGGCAAUAUUGCUGCCUGGCUCUGAUAUGCGGUUGCCCUCUUCUUGUUCCCCCCUGGAGUGCCAUGUGGGCAUCCCUGCGGCCCAACCUGCUGCGCCACUUCACCUGGGCAAUCCCCUAGUGCCUUUAAGUCAUGAUCAGUUGAAUUUUCCUAAAUUAUUUAAACCAAAGUUUGGGUUUUCAACCCCUGAGGCAGACCUGUGGGCCCCUGCCUUGCAGCCUUUGGGUCCUCUUCCCUACGUGGCCAUGCAGAAUAAGCGGCCUCCAAAGAAGCAAGGGCACAAAGGCAUGGGCAGGCUUCCCCCGGCGACGGCUUCAGAGGGCCAGGGACAGAUCCCUGUGGCCCAGCGAGAGGUGGGCCCUCCCCUCCAGGGUGCCAUAGAACCAACAGGUGCUGGGGCUGGGCCUCGGGCUAGGUCAGCCCCUGCAAGGGAAGGCCUGCUGCAGGGUCACUGUGGGGAACUAGGUGGACGUGGCCCUGAAGAGGGCCCCCAGGAGGACAACCGCACAGGAGCUGAGCCAGGGGGCACACCUGGGAGCAGGUUUGGGAUGCCCAAGUUCCACAUGCCAGACUUGAGACUCACCCCAUGCCCAGACAGAGGUGGGGCUCUGGAGCAGGGAACCCCUAGUGAGGACGGGUGGCCCCUCCCUGGGCCUCAGCUGCAGGCGGGCACAUGCCCAUUGUCCCCAGCCACCACUGCACCUGAGGGUGUUCCUGCAACAGUGCUCAAGGUAGACCUUCCUGCCAUCCACAGCCGGCCAGGCUCGGGCUCCCUGCCUCUCCGGGGGCUAGACACAAGGCUGCCAGGAAGUCAGGCUCCACGGGAAGACCCUGGUGGUGGGACUGUUCUCAAGCUAGGAGCCCACGAGCUUCUUGCUGAGAGCUGGCCUUCCCUGCCACAGGGCCCUGUCAGACUGACGGUGUCCAGGACGGGCGUGCCCGCCCAGGUCUCUGUGGUCAGCACUGAGCAGCUCUGGCAAGAUUCCGUGCUGACAGUCAAGUUCCCCAAACUAAAGGGCCCCAGAUUCUCGUUCCCGGGCCCCGGCUCCGAGUCCGAUGUGUUUAUCCCCACGGUAAGGCAGGUGCCGAGCUACGUGGCCAGGGUGGACGAGGCCCUCGGGGAGGGGUGCACUGGCCUCUGGACAGCCGCUGUCCUGCCAGCAGCCACCGGGGUGUUCAAGGAGCCCCCUGCUGACCUCGACCCCUCCUCGAGACCACCCCCCAUCUCAAAGGCUCGGGAGCAUUUCCAGAGGGCUCCGGCUGAGAGCCCGGAUGCCAUCCUAGGCAGGGCGACACCGAUGCCCACCGACCUUGCCCAAUCCGACAUCAUAUCUACUCAGAUCGUGCGGGAGUCGGAGAUCCCCACGUCCCAAGUCCAAAUGCCCUCCUAUGGGUUCUCCUUGCUGAAGGUGAAGUUCCCAGGGCCCUCCAAGCAGGAGGCCCCUGCAGGAGCCUCAGUCCCUGAGACCCCGCAGCCCGACACUGGGGAGCCCUUUGAGAUGCUGCUCUCCAGCGGCUGCUCCGAUGAGGAGCCAGCGGAAGUUCUUGAGCUCCCCAUGGAGGAUGGCUCAGAGCCCGCAGCAGCCAGUGAGCCGCCGCAGCAGCCUCACAGCCAAAAGUCUGGUCUGUGGUUCUGGCUUCCCAGCAUCGGCUUUUCCUCCUCUGUGGACACCACGAAACCUGUGGCCAAAGCCCAUGGCCCGAGACAAGCUCCCGUCCAGACACAGCCCGAGGCCCGGCCACGGAGGCACGAGAGGGCCGACUGGUUCAGAUUCCCCAAGCUUGGGUUCUCGUCUUCAGCUCCCAGGACCAGUCCUGGCGUGGAGCGCGAGGCAGGGCUGGCCGGGCCAGAGCCCCAGGAAGAGGCUGCGACCUUCUUUGAUGUCCAAGAAAGUUUCUCCGCUGAAGAGAAGGAAGGAGUUGCGCCGGCUACAAGUGAGGAACUCCCCCAAAACGCCAUCCAGGACCCUGCGUCCCCAUCCCUGUGAAUGGGGGAUGCGGAGGAAUGCAACCUGGCCAC